UCUGUCCAAAAUGAUAGAUAUCCUCCCUAAGUCUAGAUAACAUGGUAAACCUCUGUUAUCCUACCUCAAAAUGCUGGGUUUAUAGUAGAUGUUCAGUGAAUACUUGAGUUAACACACAAGCACACAUUGAUUCGGCAUGGCACCCUGAGGAAAUCUGUCAUACAAGAGCUAUAUCUUGAUGGAUGGGCAAGUUUGGGAACAGUAAGCAUCUCAGCAUAUAAUAAAUAAACAGGACCCCCCAUUCAUAAUGUGCUUUUGAAUCCAAUAUCCUAUUGCUCCUACAAUAAACCUGAGUGAUGGGUAAGGAGACUGCCCAUUUUACAGAUGAAGUGGUUGCAGUUCAGAGAGUUAAAUAAUUUGCUCAAGAUCAGAGAGUGGGUAUCAGAGUUGGACUCCAACCCUCCUCUUAUGAUUCUGAAUCUAAGGUGGAGGACAGGACUGGACAGCCAGCUGGGUAGGGGGAAUCUUUGGGGAGGAGAGAGUUUACCAGAAGAAGAGGCAGUCAAAGGGGAAUCAGGAGUUUGAAAGGUAAAGAUAAACUUUGACUUGGGGUAGGUCUUGGGAUGUGGUGCAGCUGGCAGCCAAAGAUUUCUCCUAUAGCUUUAUGACCACCUCAGGGAGAAGGAUUUGGAAUGAACAUUAGCACAUGACUGUCCUCAAAUUGUGUGUAGGAGACAGUAGUUUUAGCUAACUGGCCACUGAUAGGGUCACUAGGCUUCCUCUGUAAGUUGUAAAUUGGCAGUUAGAAAGGGGUUAAAUUCAUGUCUUUGCAAAGGUGAAUUACAUGGUUAGAUAUCUGCCGAUCGAUCACCCUGUCACCACCUGUGAGGCACACAACUGUUCACUUGCUGCCUGAUAUAAUGCCUGUAAUUGUUGCCUAGAGAGCUGAACAGUGACAUCUAUUGGUUCCAUUUGAAAUAUGCAAGUUCAAAAGAGAAACAGCCACAUUAGUAUUUCUUCCCCUUUCAAAACAAAUAGUAACAAUCAUGCCAAAGGAAUGACCCUUCCAAAGGAGAAAAUGAAGGCUUAGAUAAUCUGCCAAUUGAAUAAUUGAGUAAUGACAUAAUUGGAUCAUUGAAAAAAAUGUUAACAUUUUUACCAGUUAUUAAUUAGAGAAUCAUGCAUGACCCUGGGAACUUGCUUUUUGUUUUAAAACAGGAGCCACGAUUAUGAAAUGGUUCAAGCUGGCUUAUUCGUGUCUGUUGAGAUCUCUUCUGGUCUGCUUUUCAGACUCCUCCUGGUUUGAGAACAGAAUGGCGUUAAAUCACACUGCCCUGCCUCAGGAUGAGCGCCUGCCACAUUACCUUCGAGAUGGGGAUCCCUUUGCUUCCAAACUUUCUUGGGAAGCGGAUAUAGUGGCUGGCUUUUACCUGACAAUAAUUGGGAUUCUGUCUACAUUUGGAAAUGGAUAUGUCCUUUAUAUGUCUUCUAGACGAAAGAAGAAGCUGAGACCCGCUGAAAUAAUGACUAUCAAUUUAGCUGUCUGUGAUCUGGGGAUUUCAGUUGUAGGCAAGCCGUUCACCAUCAUCUCUUGCUUCUGCCACCGUUGGGUGUUUGGCUGGAUUGGCUGCCGCUGGUAUGGAUGGGCUGGAUUUUUCUUUGGCUGUGGAAGCCUUAUCACCAUGACUGCUGUCAGCCUGGAUCGAUAUUUGAAAAUCUGCUAUUUAUCUUAUGGGGUUUGGCUGAAAAGAAAGCACGCCUACAUCUGCCUGGCAGCCAUCUGGGCCUAUGCUUCCUUCUGGACCACCAUGCCCUUGGUAGGUCUGGGGGACUACGCACCUGAGCCCUUCGGAACCUCGUGCACCCUGGACUGGUGGCUGGCCCAGGCCUCGGUAGGGGGCCAGGUUUUCAUCCUGAACAUCCUCUUCUUCUGCCUCUUGCUCCCAACGGCUGUGAUCGUGUUCUCCUACGUAAAGAUCAUUGCCAAGGUUAAGUCCUCUUCCAAAGAAGUAGCUCAUUUCGACAGUCGGAUCCACGGCAGUCAUGUUCUGGAAAUGAAACUGACAAAGGUAGCGAUGUUGAUUUGUGCUGGAUUCCUGAUUGCCUGGAUUCCUUAUGCAGUGGUGUCUGUGUGGUCAGCUUUUGGAAGGCCAGACUCCAUUCCCAUACAGCUCUCUGUGGUGCCAACCCUACUUGCAAAAUCUGCAGCGAUGUACAAUCCCAUCAUCUACCAAGUUAUUGAUUACAAAUUUGCCUGUUGCCAAACUGGUGGUUUGAAAGCAACCAAGAAGAAGUCUCUGGAAGGCUUCAGGCUGCACACCGUGACCACAGUCAGGAAAUCUUCUGCUGUGCUGGAGAUUCAUGAAGAGUGGGAAUAACAAAUAUUCUGGUUGUGAAGAGUGCAUCCGAAGUGCUUACACAGCGUCUGGCACAUGCAGAGAAAUUAGCUUACAAAUGUUAUUUUUCUGACUUCUCGCCUCCACUCCACUCACCCUGUCAGGAAAAAAUAAUUCACAAGGAAUAUCAAAACAAUGAUGCACCCUAGGAGUAUCCAAGUAUCUUAGCUGAGUUAUCUCACUCUAGUACAGUGGCAGAGUUACAACUAGAGAGUGCUAGAAACCCACGCUUUCGGCAUCCUGCAGUGCACACCUCAGUCUAGUCAGUAAGGACCUCACUUUCUUCUGAACUGGGGCUUGUGAACGCUAGCCUGGAAAGCCUGAUUCAAGGAGAUCAGGCUGUGUCUCUAACUGGAGCAGCUACACUCCACAUCUGUAAUUUGAUUUGUUCUAUUGCAGAUGAUGUACUGGGCAGAGGUGAGUGUGGAUUGGUGAAAAUCUGUUUUUAUGACUGGCAAAGCAGUGCAGGGGGUCUUUUACUGAUAAGAAGCAUCAUCAGUAGAGUUUGUCCCUGAUGCUUUUACCACAGCAUCUGAGCCGCUCUCAAGUUUUUCCAGGCCAGCCCCAGUUUCAGUGAGGAUAGUGUGGGCUUUCUAUGCCCCGAAUAUUCUUACUACAGUUAAUAUGUAGGUUACUGCCCCAGCCCAGCUGCAAGUUCCCAGAUGUGAAUUCCAUGUAGGCAGAAACUGUACGGUUCUUGAAAUUGAAUUAUUUCCUUGUUGUUUUUUUUUUUUUUUUUUUUUUUUUCCUGCUUAAAGCUCCUUGGGAUGCUUCCUCUUAAACUCUUAAAAGUCUUUGAAGAAUAAGAGGUUAAGCUAGGACAAUUUGAAUCUAUUAUUUUUUUUUUGUAAAAAUGAGAUAGAAAUUAUCCCCAUAAUUCCAUAAAUUAGCUUUUUACCUUCUUUCUUUUUACUUUGUUGGAAACUAUACAACAGAAACAAAGUAAGAAGACUCUACCUUAAUUUUAAAGGUAACUCUUACAUAAAAAAGAAAGUCAUUAUGUCAGGCCAAGGGGAGAGCGGAAAGGGGAACUUUAGAGAAUGGAAACAAACUUAAGCAUCUUGUAAAUUUUGAGUGAAUUGUGAACACAUAAUGAAUGAAUGAGAAGGGCCAGCCAGGAGUCUGUGAAAUGGUCCAGCCAGGAGAUGCCUAAUGCAUAAACACAAAUCUUGGUGACAGGUUAGGUUAGCUAUCUGUGAACUUUCUAAAGGUUAAAUAAACAACAAUAGGAUUUUGUUAAUGUGCCAAAGUGAGUUUAAACUAUGAAAGACAUGAUGCAAAUAUGCAAGUACCUUUAAUUGGGCAUAGUAAAAAGUAAUGAGGUAUGGUUAAAAUAAUUACAUUUAGAACAAGAGAGAAGUUAGGGAGAAUUUUUGUCUAAAAAGCCAAAAAGUGACAGUUGAUUGGUGAUUUUGUUGUUAUCAGGAGAGGGAAUUUUCUUAAUAUAAUAAAUUAGGUACUUUGGCAAGUGAAAUGGGUUCUAGGCCAAUUGCAAGUCCCUUUGGGUUCCCCGGCAGCUAGAAACCGUGGCAUUCCCAAAAGGCAGCUUCAGUUAAAAUGACAGAUGAACCCGAGUCUUCAAGUCAAAACUACUGUUGUACCACGUCCAGUGAAUGUCUGGUGGUUCAAGUCUCUGUUAUUCAGGAACUGAUUCUGUUUUUCCUCCUGUCAGAACCUUCGGUUGAUUUUGACUGUAGUAGCACAUGUGGCAGGAAUAUGAGAGAAAAAAAUUAAGUUAAAAAUAUAAUUUCUGUUCCAUUAUUAUUAUUAUUUUUCUGUAAAAGCCUUUAUGGGGAAGAAGGGAAGAAAGUUGAGAUUAUGAGUAGAGAUGAUACUCGUCUUUGGAUGACCCAGCUGGGUUCUACUUUGACUGCCAUCACCACAGGUGACCUCAUUAGGCUCCGAAGUGUGAGAAGAGCUUCAUUGCUAAGUUAGUGAAAGAAACAGAUAAUUUACUUUUGCUUGAGUGGGUCUGUAGACCUCGGGAGAUUAGCCAUUUCUCUUAGAGUUUAGUGUAUGUAUUAAGACACAGCAUGUAUGCAGAUAUAUAUAUAUAUAUAUUUUUUUUUUUUCUGGUUUGUUUAAUAUCUUUUAAAAAAUUUUAAUGGAAUUUUUUGAACAUGUACAAAACAGAAAGAAUCCUAUGAUGAACUCCCAUGUACCCAUCAUCCAGCUUCAGCAGUGAUCCUAUUGUGGUUCAUAUUGACACUCAUCCACUUCUUUCUCUUUCCAUCUCUCCCCAUUAUUUUGAGACAAAUGAGAUCCUGGGGUUUCAUGAAAAUAUUAUGAAUAUCUGAUUUGUGAGAACAAGAUUUCCCAAAGCAUGAUCCCCAGAAACCUAGUCCUGCAAAGCUACUACAAAAAUAAAGUGUUCUAAUCUCCAAA